AUGGCGCCCUUUCAACAUUUACUCGCGUUUCUGCUUGUCUUUUUGACAGCUGGCGAAACCAUGAUGAUCCAGCCAGUCAACACCACAGAUCAUUCUAGUACUUCUACCUACAUCGUGCGUCUGCCAGUCACUUCGGACACUAUGCCUACCGCGCCCAUGCCGGUUGAUACCCCCUGGCCUCCAACGAAAACACAGGCAGGGCAGCCCACCUCUUGCAAUCGAUGGUAUCUCGUCAAGCCGGGCGACUCGUGCCAGAUAAUCUCCCAGCGAUCUGGUGGCUCUAUUUCCAUGGACCGGCUGCUGGCUUGGAACCCCGAGCUAAAGAAGAAUUGCGAUCACCCUCUGGUUGACUACUGGGUCUGCGUGGGCAGCAUGGGCGGCUCUGGCAUCACUCUUGUCUAUCCCGCUGGCUCUUCGAAUGUUUCCAUCCCUCCAUACGUUCCCUGGACUCCACGUCCAUCGCAAACUAUUUCUUUCGAGACCGGCAUUCCCUCACCCACACAAGCUGGUCUUGAUCCAAAAUGUUCGGGCUUCUACCAGGCCAUCACGAACGAUACUUGCAAUCGUAUCCUAUCCGAGCACGGGCUGCUGAGUGAGAAGCUCUUUCAUGAAUGGAACCCAGCUCUCAAGAGCGACUGCUCUGGCUUGAUUCCCGAAUACCACUACUGCAUUGCUGCUUACGACAACGACGACCUUCCCCUUCCUGAUCAUGUCACGACUAAGCCCAGUCCAACACCCGAGGGCAUAGCAAAGAAUUGCACAGCUUGGUAUCAGGUCGAUAAGGGUGAUAACUGCAGCUUGGUUGUGACUAUGUUUGGCACGUUCUCUCAGGAGCAGUUCAUUUCUUGGAAUCCUAUCCUUGGCAAAGAGUGCUUUGGUCUCAGGAAAGGUUACUUUUACUGCGUUGGUGAUUCAUCCACUCCCACGACUCGGACUGCGAAGCUUCCUACGCCCACGGACUUUGCUACAGUUACACCCUCACGUCAUCGCAACCCGUCAGACUCGGGUUGGAUGCCCGUCCGUUCUACUACCUACACCCUCCGUACGGUAACUCACACCACCCCCAUCACCACCCAUUGCUGA